AUGGCAGAGAAAGGUCGUAAGAUCGGAAUUCCUGUGGAUGGCAGCGAUAACUCUAAAAAGGCUGUCCAUUGGUACUUGGAAAAUGUGGCGGACGAAAAUGACUACGUGUUUUUCAUCCAUGUGCAGGAACUUCUCGACCUUCCACUUUUGCAUAUCAAAUCUGGGUUGAACAUUCCCUCGGAUCAGUGGAUGAAGGCUAUUACUGAAAGGAAUCGAUUGGACGAGGAGAUAAGCACGGAGGUGAUAGGACUGUGUCGAGCGAAAAAGAUUGCCUGUGACUACAUUACGGCGUCGGAUAAACGCCCAGGCGACGGAAUUGUCUCGAUGGUGGGUGAUCUGGGAAUUCAGCUAAUCAUCAUGGGCUCUCGAGGCCUAAGCACCAUUCGACGCACCAUCCUUGGCAGUGUCUCCGACUACGUUUUGCAUCACUCCCAAGUUCCUGUCUGCAUCGUUCCCGCCGAAUAUACGCCAGCGUCUUCCACUUGCUCCUAA